AUGGCAAAGGGAUCUUCGAACUACAGCACCCCGGAACGCGUCGGAUCAGUGAGGCUAACAUUAACGCGGCUUGUCAGAUUUGCAAGAAGGAAGUGCCCUUUUUACUUAAACACCUUACUCUGCAUCCUCCAAAGGUUGUUCCAUAUGCUUGCCAAGUCAAAUGUUGUAAAUAUCGAAGUACUCAACGAACGGUUCUCUUCAAUCACUAGAUGCAGCACCACGCCAACUCCAUGUAUUUAUGGUGUCCGUUCUGUGCAUACACUGACUUGCUUUCACGAUCUCAACUUCGGACUAAAGAUGUCAUCACUUGUAAAAACUGUCGAUCGUAUGGCAGAACAGCCUGCAAACACGUUCCGACAACGAAAAAUUGGGCCAAUUUGCGCGAAGGGUACUGCCAAUUGUGAUGCGUGCAUUGUUAACGGAUAUUCAGUGACGCGAUGUGCUAAAUGUAAAAUCGUCGCUUCUGAAGAAUCGAUUUUUGGAACU